CGCCAAGAGUGUUUUCCGUCCAGCGGUUUCCGUAAACAGAAACAGAUCUUGAUCUUGGAGCUGGUCUUGAUGAAGGAAAUUAUCCGUGCUCUAGGAAAAUUUUACCAAAAUAUGUAUAUUUAUGAUACAAAAAAUCAAAAUGAGUAGAUUGCCAGUUUUCCUGUUGUCUGUUCGUGAUAAAUUUUUUGCAAUUUCGCGGAUCAGUUUCUUUGGCGAGAUCGUGCUAUGUAACCGCGCAUUUUCUGUCUCAACACGGAAAAACAUGGCCGCCAGCGGACCAACUGCUUGGUUCCAAACAUUAGUUAAUAUAAAGCCUAAAUCCCGCGGAGUUCAUAUCAUAACGGACGAAAUAGAAAGUAUACCGGAACUAAAGAAGUACAAGAUCGGACUGGCUCAUUUAUUGUUGCAACAUACAUCUGCAAGCAUAUGCGUGAAUGAAUGUUGGGAUUCCUCUGUCCGUAAGGAUAUGGAGAUGAUGCUUAAUCGUCUAGUUCCAGAAAGUGGUCCAUCAUAUAAACACACUAUUGAGGGACCGGAUGAUAUGCCAGGUUAGAAUUCUGCAACUUGACCAACAUUCCUUUCUUAACAACUACUGAAAGCUAAGCAGGUAAGUUAGUGUUAACAUUACUGAGUCGAAAACGUAAACCGGCCACCAUAAAGAGUCAAAAGGCUAGCCUGGCCUAUUUACGUUUUCAACCCAGUUUUUAACACUAAAUUACCUGUUAUAUUCUCCCAGCGACGCAGCACCACAGUUUCUUGACACAAGGCACACUCUAGGAAAGAACGAGUGGGACUGGGGGGAUUGGGUUGAUGGCUAAAUAGUUACACCGAGGAUAGAGUAAGAGAUCUGCCUUGUUGAUGGGCAUGAAUUGCAAUUUUCCGAGUUGAGCAAUGUUUUUUCAGUCAACUAGUGUAAUGAGUACAUUAUUGAAGUAUCUAAUGCAUGUCACAUUAAAGCAACUUUAAGUUGUUUCCUUUUUGGCAAUUUUCUGUGAUUAUUGCUGUCAACAAGGUGUGAAUAAUCAAAAAUCCGAAAAUGAAUGAAUUCACUAGUGGCAAUUGAUUAUGAUUUGUUGAUUGGUAUUGAAUUUGGUAUCGAGAAAUUGAUAAUCAAUCAAUAAUCAAACAAAAGUAGUUGUGAACUUCAUCCCUGGCUAUCAGUUGGCAUCAGAGAUAAAUUAUUUCUCUUGUGAGUGUACACAGAGCAAAUCUUAUAUUUCUCUGUUAAUUUUUUUUAUUUUUUUUAGUUCCAUGUCACAAGUACAACGUAAGACAUACACACCAUGCUAAUAAACAGCAGUUCUCAAUGUUCCUGAUAACUGAGAUUUGCAUAAUAUUUACCUGGGCAAAAGUCAUCAUUCUAAUACUACUUAUUUAGCUUACAACAUUUUUUUCUUCUUUCCUAUUAUCUCUGUGAACACACUCAGUAGUGGAACUGAUUGAAGUGGAAUUUGAACUGGGAAAACAUGCUUGAUUUGCAAUCCAAAAACACUCUGAUUAAGGGCAAAAUUACACUACAUAAAAGUUUUACAGCAUGUUUAUUGUAUGCAUUUUUAUAUACACCAUUUGAAUGUAAACAAACAGGUUUUUAGUCAGCAGGAAUAUUUUAUUGAUCCAGUUGAAAAAGAAUGAAAAAGGAGGUAGUGUGAUUUUUCUAAAAACUACGCUACUGAUACCUUAAAUCCGACUGUUAUUGUUUGUUCAUUUGUUUGUUUAUUUGUUUGUUUGUGUUUGUAUUGGAGCUCAAUCCUCAUCUACUGCUCUCAUAGUGGAUGGGGAAAAGUUGUAAUUUAGAGCCAAAGUUAGAUUGACUUGAAAAGUUGAUCCCCCAAAAAGUUGAAAAUCCAGAGGUUAAGGAAAGAUCUAUUGAGGAUUUUCCAAGAUUAAUGAUGACUGCUGUGCUGCACCCACCAUUUCAGACUUUACUCCUGUGGUCAACGCAUGUGUGAAAAUUGUUCAACAGAAAGGGGAAGAAUUGGUCAGAACUGGUAAAAAUGGAGCUGGCCAUCAUAAUUGCUGCAUUCUGUGUAAAAUCAUUGAUCAGCUUCAACCAAAUCCAUGCACAAGUUUUCACAGUUAAUAGGUUUUCCAGGCAUGAUAAAAAAUAAUUUCCUUGGAGACAAAUUUCCCUUUGUCACCUCUGACUUAGUUUGAUAUUUCUUUUAUCAACAGGACAUGUCAAAACAGCUCUUGUAGGACCAAGUGUAACACUUCCAAUAACAAAUGGAAAAUUGAAUCUUGGAACAUGGCAGGGAAUCUGGCUUUGUGAACAUCGGAAUCAUGCAGGGUCAAGAAAGAUUGUGGUGACUCUCCAAGGGGUGCAAUAAGGAAAAAUGUUGAACAGGCCAAGUAUAUUUUUUACCGUUGAGACACCACAGUAAUCAUGAUGUGCAUCUACCAGUGAGGCCUUAAAGAACACAUCUUUAAGGUUACAACAAGUGGAUUCUAUUGUUGUCAAUUUCAGCAUCAUUCAUCUCUGUCGAUGCAAUAGCAAACAUUUUUUUUCAAGUCUAUUGGUAAAGGGAACAUCUAAAUUUAAAUUAAACAUUUUCAUAUGCUGUAAUAAAUUUUUUGUAACAAUCAGAGUAAGAAAAACAAAGAAACUGCACUCCAGCUUGCUCUCCAAGUAAAUAGCUCUCAAUUUUUUUUCUUCCUCAGGACACUUACCCUUUUCCACCAGUCCAGUCCAGAUACCUACUGACUUAACCUGUUAAAGGGUUCUUUCCCCAUAAAACUGGC